AUGGAUAUCACCAAGUUUGUUGUGUCCGGCCGGGAUGCGGCGCUACUGUACGGAGACUACGCAACAUACCAGAACCAGUUGGCCAAAAAGUUGCUCAACAGCCGCAAGAAGCUAGGCAUCGCCACGAGAAACCGCGGCAAAUUCAGCAAGAAGGGUGAUGUCACUGCCACGCAGAUUGCAGAGAAUCAUGAGUACAUCCACCUGUUGCUGCUAAUGAGCGAGCGCGCCUGGGCCAACGCUAUGGCAAUUAAGUCAUCUCACGCCUCGGAUGCAAAGGGCGUGACCGGCAAGACCAGGUCACACAUCGUGUCCCGACUCGAGAAAGCAGCGAAGACUGCCGAGCAACUCGUCGAACUCCUCUCGCAGUCGGAUGCUGGCGCCACCCAGAAUGACAAGCUCGAGUCCCGUGCUUACGCAGCCCAGAUCCGCGGUGCUGCCCAGUUCGAGAAACAACAUUGGGAGCCAUCUCUGAAGAGCUAUGCUGUUUCGCGCAUCAUCUACAACGCCAUGGCUACCUCGACAAAGGGCGACAUCUUCAAGGACCUUCUUUCCGAUACCAUUGACCCCUCAAUCCGAUAUGCCGCCUACCAGCUCAAGACGCCACGUACGAUACCUAUUCCUGCGAUUGCGAGUCGCGCGUUUCCCCAAUCCGAUAUUGCACUAGUGCAGCAGAUCAAUGAGAUUGACCCAAACUUGCUGAAGCAAGCGCAGACAGAGGUCGCUAAGGAGGGCGAGGGUGCCGAGAACGCUCCUAGGACGCUCACGUGGCGCUCGCGUGAGGUCCAGAUCGAAGAUGCUGCAAUUUCUUUGGCGUGGGGCAGAGUGGAAGAGGCCAAGGCAAAACUGUCUGAACAAUGGCCCUCUCUUUCCAAUGCUGAGCCCAGGGACAUGGCCGCCGCGUAUGACGACAUCCUCGAGGCGACACAGGAUGCCGCCGACGCCACGAAGGAAGCCAUUGACGAGUUGCGGGGUGAGGGUGUAUCUCAGGGUGAUUCCCGUAUGCAGAGUUUGCAGAUCACCCGAACUGCCGUUAACUACGAGAUGAUCAGCUGGCGUAUCGGCCGAAACCGUGUGCUGACGGGUCGAGACGACGGCCUGGCCGAGAACUACAGCUCAUUGCGCAAGAAGUCGAAGGACGGGACCGCAAAGAAAUCUAAGGAGGAGACACCCGGCCGCAAAGCAGCCAAACUGAAGGAGCUCGUUGCCCUCUAUGAAGGAACCUUGCAGAGUCUUGAGGCUGCGCGAGAGUUGCCCGGGGUGGCCAAUGACGAGGAUCUUGCCGAGCAGCUUGAGUCGACCGCACAGUAUUUCCAGGCACUGAAAUCUCUCUCCAUCGCUCGCUCCCACGCCAUCAUUGGCAACACCGUCAACGCCCUGGCUCUCACCAAACACGCCACCAGCGAAGCACAAGAGGCUGCCUCGACGCUCGCCGGUGGGGCCCAACACAACAUCAACUCUCCCCGUAACAUCGACGUGUCCAGCAACGACGCCAAGGCCCUGACAAACUUCCUCCAGGGCGAGCUUCAGCGUUACCGUGCACUCGUGCACCUCUCCAACCUGCUCAGGAACGCGGAGUCAAGCGAAGACGACACCAAGAACGUCCCACUGAUUGAGCGGCUGCGGGAGUAUCCCUCGGGAGGCACAGACCUCGCGAACCUCGUCAACAUUCCACCCAAGCUGUCUACCAUCCCUGUGAAGCCGAUAUUCCUAGAUGUCGCCUGGAACUAUAUCGACUAUCCCGGUAAGGAGCCGCAAGAAGUCGCGCCACCUAACCAAGACGAACAUGCCUCCGAGAGUGGGACCAAGUCGCAAUCGCAGAAGAGAGGAUGGUUUGGUUUCGGUAGAUAG